AUGGAUGAAAUUUUGAACACAACGGGUCCACCAGUUAGUGUAAUUGUUCCCAAUAGUUAUGUCGUUAUUCCAUCGAUUUUUUUCUGGAUUAUGAUUCCUGUUAUUAUUCAUGACAUCAAAACGAGCCGACUUCAACCGCUACCCUGGAGUGCUUUGAUGAGUUUGAAAUGGGUUAGUUUUUCAAGGCUUCCCAAGGCUUCCCAAGGCUUCCCAAGGCUUCCCAAGGCUUCCCAAAGCUUCCCAAGGCUUCCCAAGGCUUCCCAAGGCUUCCCAAGGCUUCCAAGUCCAAAAUACCAAAAGGGUGUUUCGCAACAAUUUUUUGAUAUUUGUCUAGUGUCUGUUUACACAGACACAAAACACAUUUGGCAAAUUUGUGUGAUUGACUUUCCGGUGAUGAUAAGAACACGAUUUUGGUGUUUUUUUUUGUGGCUUCUGAUGUGUGAAAGUAGAAUACAUAUAAAAUCGUGAUUCUUUUGAUGGAAAGAUCAAAUUUGACACAUGGGAAUUUUUGUGAAAAAUUGUAGAUUGACAGUUUUUCUGUUGAAAUUUGGAAAUUCAAGAUUUUGAAGUUGAAAAGAUUUCAUCUAAUUAUUUUUUGAAGCUUAAGAAGCCUAAGAGAAGCCUAAGAAGCCUAAGAGAAGCCUUAGAAGCCUAAAAAGCCUAAGGAGCCUAAAAAGUUUUUCACAAGAUUCUCAGACGAAAAAUAAAAAAGAUAAGGCGCACAAAAAGCAGAAAAACGAUCAGAAAAUUUAUGUGAAAAAAACUGUUCACUUUAAAGGUACAAGCGGAUUACGGUAGAAAAAUUUGCAGAUCUAACUUGAGAAAAUUUAACUUUGGAAGCCUUCGGAAGCCUUUGGAAGCCUUUGAAAGCCUUCGGAAGCCUUCAGAAACCUUAAGAAGCUUUCUGAAGCCCGCAAAAGCCUCCAAAAGCCCUCGGUAGCCUUCGGAAGCCCUCGGAAGCCUUCGGAAGCCUUCGGAAGCCUUCGGAAGCCUUCGGAAGCCUUCAGAAGCCUUCAAAAGCCUUCGGAAGCCUUCAGAAGCCUUCGGAAGCCUACAAAGCCCGGCCUAAUCCAUAUUUUUUGCAGUUCGUCGCCUCACUUCUAAUAAUCGACAGAUUCUUCGUAUUCCUCCUAGCCCUCUGGGAAUCUGUCAUCGAACAUGAAGCAGUCGAACCCGAAUUAUUCAUCUUCCCAUUUUUUCACACCUUCACCCUCCUGGCACUUUUAAUCGCCACCAAUGAAACUAGAAGAGCUGGUGUACAUUCAUCUGGAACACUUUUUUGCAUUUGGAUGAUGUUUGCUGUUUUUGCGAUGCCAGAGUUUUAUCAAUGGAUGGUUACUGGAAGUCAACCAGAGGUUGGUGUCAAAUUACAGGGGGACAGUUUUUUGAAAAAAUAAACAAUUAAUUCUUUUUCCUGAAUCAGAAAGUUUUUGAUGAUUUUUGGAUUCCUAGAUUUCCGAAAGCUUUGAGAAUCCUUGGAAGCUUCGCGGAAGCCUCCGGAAGCUCAAGGUAGCUUGCGGAAACCUCCGGAUGCUAAACAAAGUUUGCGGAAGCCUCCGGAAGCUAAACGAAGCUUGCGGAAACCUUUCGAAAGCCUGAAAGCCUUUAAAAGCCUCCGGAAACCUAUGAUUCUGUCAAACAUUUUUAAAAACCACCUUUUCGUGACAGGUGGCUAUAGAGAAAAAUAUAGCCACCCGUCACGAAAUUUAAAAAAAAAACCCGCCAAAAAACAGUUCAAACCUGAAAAAAAGGACACUUUCCUCUUUUUUCCCGCAAACAAGAAAAAACAACUAGCGAGAGAGUGUGUGUUUUGAGGAGAGUGCGCAGAGAAGCAGAGAUAACCUGCGGGACAUACUAGAAAAACGGGGGACACUUUUCUUGUGCAUGUGUGUGUGUGUUUUUUUUUUUGAUAUUUUUUUUUUAAAUUUACUUAUUUUUUGGGAUUUUGUGGUUUUUAUUAGGUGUAAGAUUUUGUGCAAAUCUUUUUUUGAAUAUUUUUUUUACUUGAAUCUCAUUAGAAUCUUUGUUUUUAUCAAAAUUUGUUUUCAUAUCUAAAUUUUUUUCAUUCAGAAAGUUUUUUAAAAACAUUUCCUUUUUUUCAAUUUUUUCUUUCGAAACUUUUUUAACCCUCAAAAGUCUUCUUAAACUUUUUAAAGCCUCCUGAAGCCUUCUAAAUUUUUCUGAAGCCUCCUGAAGCCUCCUGAAGCCUUCUGAAGCUUCCCAAAUGUUUCUGAAUCCUUCUGAAGCUCCUCAAAGGCUUCUGGAGCUUUCUAAAUCUUUCUGAGACCCUCUGAUGAAUUCUGAAGUCUUCUGGAACCCUCAAAAGCUUUCUUGAACUUUUUGAAGCUUCCUGAAGCCUUCUGAAGCCUUCUGAAGCUUUCUGAAUUCUUCUAAAACAUUCCUAAACUUUCUAAAUUUUUCUGAAUCUUUCUGAAGCCUUCCGAAGCCUUCUGAAGCCUUCUGAAGCUUCCCAAAGGCUUCUGAAGCUUCCCAAAGGCUUCUGAAGCUUCUUGAACCCUUUUGAAUCUUUAUGAAGCCUUCCGAAGCCUUCUAAAGCCUUCUGGAGCAUUCUCAAUGGCUUCUGAAGUCAUCCGAACCUUCCCAAAAGUUUCUCAAAGUUUACUAAAGCCGUCUGAAACUCCCCGAAAGCUUCUGAAGCCUUCUGAAGCCCCCCAAAGGCUCUUGAAGCUUUCCAAAACAUAUUAAAUUCUUCUGAAGCCUUCUAAAGCCUCCCCUAAAAUUCACCAACCCCAAUUUUUCCAGCUCGUCGCAAGAAUCGAUUUUUUCCGCUACGUGGCCUAUUUGACAUAUUUCCCAUUAGUCGUCGCCGAAUUCUUUCUUCAUUUCGUAUCUGACCCAUUUCCAAUGCCAUCAACAUAUCAAACCAUAAAUUGUCCAGAAGAAAAUGCAAAUUUCAUCAGUCGUCAACUUCUCCUCUGGCUCAGCAAUAUGAUAAGUGUGGGCUCGAAAAAACCGCUCACCGAAGAAGAUAUUUAUGAAUUGGAUAGUCAAAUGAAUCAGAAAUAUUUGAAAGAAAAAUGGAAUGAAGAAUGGGAAAAGCAAAAAAUAUCGGCGGCAUCGAAAAAUCUGAAAAUUUCCCAACAAAAUUCCAAAAAACGCGAUGAGAAAUCGCCACUUUUGGGCAAUUUUUCGAAUUAUGGAGCUGUUGAUCAGGAAAAUAUUAAUGUGAAAAUUGUGGAGCCGAGUAUUAUUUGGAGUUUGUGGAACUUGUUGAGAUGGGAAUUGAUGGGUGGAUUUAUUAUCAAGUUUAUGUCGGAUUUGUUGAAUUUUGCUAAUCCGAUUUUGUUGAAGUGAGUGCAUUUUUUGGGGGCAUUGCUCAUAUUAAUCCGAACUUUCUGGAAAAAUUCCUAGACAUCGGGAAAUUGGAGCAUUGCUCAUAUUAAACCCCACUUUAUGGAAAAAUUCCUAAAAAUUGAAAAAAAUUAGAGCAUUGCUCAUAUUAAUCUUGAACUUUUGAAAAUUAUCCAAAUUGCUAGUAAUAAGAGCAUUGCUCAUAUUAAUCUUGAAAUUUAGAAAAACAUCCAAAUUUCUAAUUAUAAGAGCAUUGCUCAUAUUAAUCUUGAAAUUCAAAAAAUAUCCAUAUUUCUAUAUAUUAGAGCAUUGCUCAUAUUAUUCUUAAAAUCCCAAAAACAUCCAAUUUUUUUAAUUAUUAGAGCAUUGCUCAUAUUAAAAUCCAACUUUAUAGAAAUAUUCCUCGAAGUUGGGAAAAUGAAGCAUUGCUCAUAUUAAUCUCGAAAUUCAGAAAACAUCCAGAUUUCUAAUUAUUAUAACAUUGCUCAUGCUAAACCCAAUUUUUUAGAAACUUUCCGAAAAGUUGGGAAAAUGGAGCAUUGCUCAUAUUAAUCUCGAAAUUUAGAAAAACAUCAAAAUUUCUAAUUAUUAUAGCAUUGCUCAUAUUAACCUUGAAAUUCUAAAAAACAUUCAAAUUGCUAAUUAUUAGAGCAUUGCUCAUUUUAAUCAAAAAAUCUUUGGGUAGUUUCUGGAAAUCGGAAAACCUGAGCAUUGCUCAUAUUAAUCUUGAAAUUAAAAAAAACCUCCAAAUUACUAAUUAUCAGAGCAUUGCUCAUAUUAAUCUUGAAAUCCCGCAAGAAUUCCUGGACAUCAAAAAAAUCGAGAGCAUUGCUCAUAUUAAACCCAAAUUCUUGGGAAAUUUCCUAAAAAUUGGAAAAAUUGAGCAUUGCUCAUAUUAAUAUUGAAAUUAAAAAAAUCGAAUUUUCUAAUUAUUAGAGCAUUGCUCAUAUUAAUCUUGAAAUCCCUAAAGAUUUCGUAGACAUAAAAAAAACCAGAGAAUUGCUCAUUUCAACCUAAAAACCAUAUGGAAAAAAAACAUUGCUCAUAUUAAACAAAACACAAUAAUUUCAGCUACCUCAUAACAUUCAUCGAAACACCCGAUGCUCCUUUAAUAACCGGAAUCGCCCUAGCAAUCGGAAUGUUCAUAGCUGGCCAACUCAAAUCAAUAUUCAUGAACAAUUAUUUCAUCGCAAUGACACGAAUCGGCUCAAAAAUCUCGAUAAUGUUGAGUUGCGCAGUUUACGACAAGGCUCUUCUACUUUCGAAUAGCGCGAGAAAAGAUCGAACUGUUGGUGAGAUGGUGAAUUUGAUAUCGAUUGAUGUGGAUCGAUUCAGGAUGAUUACGCCGCAACUUCAACAGUAUUGGAGCAGUCCGUUUCAGGUUUGUAUUUGGGGGUUCUAAAGGCUUCCCAAGGCUUCCCAAGGCUUCCCAAGGCUUCCCAAGGCUUCCCAAGGCUUCCCAAGGCUUCUCAAGGCUUCUCAAGGCUUCCCAAGGCUUCCCAAGGCUUCCCAAGGCUUCCCAAGGCUUCCCAAGGCUUCCCAAGGCUUCCCAAGGCUUCCCAAGGCUUCCCAAGGCUUCCCAAGGCUUCCCAAGGCUUCCCAAGGCUUCCCAAGGCUUCCCAAGGCUUCCCAAGGCUUCUGAAGGCUUUUCAAGGCUUCUCAAGGCUUCUCAAGUUAGAUAUGCAGGUUUUAUCUACCGUACUUGGCCUGUGCCUUUAAAUUCUGAACAGUUUAGUGUGCUGUGUUUUUGUGUAGAAAUUUUUCAUGAGGUUUUCUGGGCUUUUUUUGAUGCUGAAAUUCAAAAAUUUCAGAAAUUUCCAGGGAAUUUCAGAUGAGCCCAGAAAUUUCAGCAUUUUCAGCACUGAAACAUUUUUUUUUCGAAAAUUUUUCAAUCAUCAGAAAAUUCUAAAUUUAGCACAGGAUUCUGAAAUUUUUCUGAAAUCUAAUUCGAUUUUCCUGUUUGUCCAAAAAUUAUCGAUUCACUGUAUUUCAUAAAUUUUAUUUUCAAAAAAAAAAUUAAUUUCAUAAUAAUUUGAAUUUCAAAAAAACAAUACUUUAUUCAGAUUUAUUAAGUGCCAAUAAUUCCGAUUCAGAAAAUUCAAAUUGAAAAAACGAUGCUUGUGGUGAACUUCCUUUAGCAAAAUUUAAAUCCAAAUAUUUUUUCCGGUUUUUCGGAUGUAUGACUUUCAUCUUUGUGCUGCCAUAUCUUGUAGAAACAUGAUAAUUCAAAUCUUUUCCGAUUAAAACGAUUUGCUUCAGAAGUUCCUCUAAUUUCUCUUCUGAUAUAUAUAAAAGUAUGCUUUGAGAAUGUGAAUCGAUUUCUCCAUUUAUCCAAGCUUCGAAAUAUCGUCGAAAAUCUUGCCAGACCCAAUUUUCAGCAUUAAAAAUAACAUCAGCUUUUGUCAAAAUUAUUUCUUCAACUGUUAAUUGACAAUUUUCCACACGAAUUUCUUGACAUCUCGAAUAAUCUGUUAUUGGAGUAUGGAUAGUGUUGAAUUUUCCAGGCAUAUGUAAACUUUCAAUUUUCUUAUUUUCAAAAUUCACAUUCUUCGAAAAAUAAUUGAAAUCCUCUUCAUUCUUCAAAUAGAUUUGGACUAGACUCAAAGAAUUCUUCGCAUAAUCAAACCAUCUACAAAAGUUCCAAACUGUAGCUUGCAACGCAGUCAUUUUAUGAUAUCUUUUGAAAGCAGGUUCCCCCAUGAAUCGCUUAUUCCAUCUCACAAGACAUUGUUUGCCUUUUCCUCGUUUUUGAAAAAUUCCAUGAACACCUUCUGUGUAAAAAUUAUAAACUGGCAUAUUGAAGUAUCUCGGAUCACAACCUUCUGUAUAAGCACUUGUGUCAGUUCCCUGAAUCCAACUUUUAGCUCAUAUUUUCCAGCAUGCUCGAAGAGUAUUAUUUGUGUUAUAAAGUUUUUGGAAGUUUUCACAUCGCGGUUACAUUCUCGUGAACAUUUUGAGAGUCUUAAUCUGUAUCCCACAUCGAGAUAUUCGAUGAUGUUUUGACGAAUUUCAAGGGGCAGGUUGAGCCAUCCAAUUUUUUUCUGGAACAAUUAAUUUUGUGAUAAAUGUUUUCUGAACGCUUCUGGAGUCCUAGAAAGCUUUCUGAAGCCUUCUGAAGCCCUAUAAAAUCUUCUGAAGCUUUCUGAAGCCUUCUGAAGUCCUUUUGAAGUCUUCUGAAGCCCUAUGAAGUCGUCUGAAGCCUUCUGAAGCCCUAUAAAAUCUUCUGAAGCCUUCUGAAGCCCUAUGAAGUCUUCUGAAGCCUUCUGAAGCCUUCUGAAGCUUUCUGAAGUCUUCUGAAGCCCUUUAAAAUCUUCUGAAGCCUUCUGAAGCCUUCUGAAGCCCCCUAAAGUUUCCGAAGCCCACAAAAGCACAUCUGAAUUUUUUUUUGGAAUUUGAAAAUUUCCAGACGCUCUACAUGUAUUUAGAGAAAGCUUUUUUUUGAAUUUUAGAAAAAAAUUCCAAGAAUUUUCAAAUUUCGAAAAUUCAUGAAAAAAAAAUAAUUCAAAUUUAUUUUCAAAAAAAAAUAAAAAUAAUUCUUAUAAAAUUAUGGAAGUUCAGUAAAAAGAACUUUUGAAUGCAUUAUUUUUUCAAAUUACUUUAGGCUUCUGAAGACCCCGUAAAGUCUUCUAAAGCCCACAAAAGCAAAUCUGAUUUUUCUGGGAUUUUAAAAAUAUUCAGAUUCUCUCCAAGCCUUUGAAACUUUUUUUUAACUUUACAAAUAAAAUUCCAAAAGUUUUGAAUUUUUAAAUAUUCCUGCUUGAAAAGAUAGAAAAAAUAUACUUCUGAAGCCCUCUGAAACCUUCUGGAGCCAAAUUUAACCCUCUGAAGUCCUUUUGAAGUCUUCUGAAGCCUCCAAAAGCCCUCCAAAGCCCUUUGAAGCCCUCUAGAGCCCCCCUAGAAACCAACCUCAUCAUAAUAAUCACCUUGCCUUGAUUUCAAUAUUGAUUUCAUACUGUACGAAGGAAGAAUAUCAACAUAGCCAUUAGACAUUUUAAUAGGCGCAACAAAACAAAACAAGGUCACCCAACAACAAAUACACCUUUUAUUAAUAAAUAAUAAAUAGGGUGGAGAUUAUUUUUGAGAGAUUGGUGGGUGGUGAGAGGGUGCAAGAGAGAGAGAGAGAGAGAAAAACAAAUUAUUGAUUGUGAGGUGUAAACAAAAUUUAAUUUUCGAGGUUAAACUACAUAAAAAUUGAAUUAGAGACAACGUGGGAUCAAGAGAACACAGACAAAAUUUAGUUCCAGAUUUUUACAGAAUUAUGAGAAAAACACUUCUGGAGCUUUCUGAAGCCUUCUGAAGCCUUCUGAAGCCUUCUGAAUCCCUCUGAACCCUUCUGAAGCCCUCUGAAGUCCUCCGAGGCCCUCUGAAGUCUUCUGAAGCCUUGUGAAGCCCUCUAAAGCCUUCUGAAGCCUUGUGAAACUUUCCGAAGCCUUCAGAAGCCUUCUAACGCCCUCUGAAGUCUUCUGAAGUCCUCUGAAGCCUUCUGAAGCAGACCUGUGCCGGAAAUUUUCUGAAUUUUAGGAUUUUCCUGGUUUUUCAAAAAAAAAAAUCAAUUUUCCAGUUUUCCGGAAAAUGAAAAAAAAUCGAGAAAUGAAAAAUAAACAUUUUUGAAUUUUUUUUUUAUUUUUCAGAAUUGUACGAUUUUUUGGAAGUAAAACUUCCCAAAUCCAAAAAAUUUCCGAAAUUGAAAAAUUUUCCGGAUUUUCCGGUUCAAAAAAUAGGGAAAUUUGUUCUGAAGCCCUCAGAACCCUGUUCAAGCCUUCUGAAAUCUUCUGAAGCCUCCUAAAGCCUUCUGAAGCCUUCUGAAGCCCUCUGAAUCCUUCUGAAGCCUUCCGAAGUCUUCUGAAGCCUUUUAGAGCGCUCUGGAGCCUUCUGAAGCCUCCUCAAGUACUUCAAAGCCCCCUGGAGCCUUCUGAAGCCCUUUGAAGCCUUCUUAAGCCCUCUGAAGCCUUCUAAAGCCCUCUGGCGCCCCCAAAUCCCUAAAACAUUUUUUUCAGAUCAUUGUUUGUAUGAUUCUCCUUUGGCAAAUCGUCGGAGUAGCAGUCUGGGCUGGAAUUGUAGUUAUGGUAAGCCCCUUACCCCCAAAAAUCUCCAAGCCUUCUUCAAAAUUUGCAGAUAAGUAUAAUCCCGAUCAAUUUCGUCGCCUCAGUUAUCACAAAACGAUGGCAAAUGAGAUUAAUGAAGUACAAAGAUGAGCGGAUUCGACUAAUUAAUGAAACUUUUAAUGGAAUCAAAGUCGUCAAAUUAUCCGCCUGGGAAACUGCGAUGGAAGAAAGUAUUGAGGAAAUUCGAAGAAAUGAGCUGAGAAUGAUCAGAAAUAGUUCACUUCUCAAAACUUUUGCCGAUUGUUUGAAUGUGGCGGCGCCGGUUUUUGUGAGUUACAGUUACAGUAACCCUGGUCCCGAAAUAAAUUUCCCAAAUUCAUUACAGGUAGCCUUGGCAACAUUCACAGUGUUCACACUUAUCGAUCCGAAAAAUGUGCUCACUCCAAACAUCGCAUUCGUCUCGUUGAGUUUGUUCAACUUGCUCAGAGCUCCACUUAUGAUGGCUGCUGAUUUGAUUGCGCAGACUGUGCAACUUGUGGUGUCUAAUAAGAGAAUUCGAACUUUUCUUUGUGAAAGUGAGAUUGAUGGGGAUGCUGUGAAUCGUGAGAAUCAUGGGGAAUGUGAGUUUUGAUUUUUUUGGGAAGUGAGAUUAAGGAGUGGCGCCUUGAGAGCUGCUAGGUCAAGGAGUCACGCCUUGAGAGGGUUUAUGAAAAGCAGCAGCGCCUUGAGUGCUGCUAUGUCAAGCAGCUGAGCUUUGAGAGCUGCUAUGUCAAGCAGCCGCGUCUAGAUAUUCACUAUGACAAGGAGCCACGCCUUGAGAGCUGCUAUGUCGAGGAAUUGCACCUUGAGGGUCAAUACAUCAAGCAGCUUCGCCUAGACAUUCACUAUGGCAAGAGGUCACGGCUUGAGAGCAACUAUGACAAGCUGCCGCUCCUUGAGAGCUGCUAUGUCAAGCAGCUGCGUCUUGAGAGCUGCUAUGUCAAGCAGCUGCGUCUUGAGAGCUACUAUGUCAAGGAGUAGCUCCUAGAGACCAAGAUGACAAGGAGUCACGCCUUGAGCGGGUUCAUGAGAAGUAGCCGCGACUUUAGAGCUGCUAUGUCAAGCAGCUGCGCCUUGAAAGCUGAUAUGUCAAGCAGCCGCGUCUAGAUAUUCACUGUGUCAAGUGGCUGCGCCUUGAGAGCUGCCAUAUCAAGCAGUUGCGCCUUGAGAGCUGCUAUGUCAAGCAGCUGUCUCUUGAGAGUUUUUUUUAACAAUCAGCUGCGUCUAGAGAGCGACUCAAAGUCUAAGAACCCUAAGAACCCAAAAAAAUCAAUAAUUUUCAGUAUACACAAAUGCAGUUGAAGUACACUCUGGCUCCUUCAGCUGGGACACCAAAGCACCUCGAACUCUUCACGACAUCGACGUGAAAAUCGCAACAAAUCAACUGAUUUCCAUCGUCGGAUCAGUGGGCUCAGGAAAAUCAUCAUUCCUUCUGUCGAUCCUCGGAGAAAUGGAAAAAUCUGGAGGAUAUGUCGGAAUUCGCGGAACUUGUGCCUAUCUAUCACAACAACCUUGGAUUCUGAAUCAAACACUUCGCAAAAAUAUUCUAAUGUUGAAUGAGAUGAAUGAUGUGCUUUAUAAAAAAGUUGUCGAAAGUUGCGCGCUUCUGGAUGAUUUCAAACAAUUGGCCGAUGGUGAUGAGACGGAAAUUGGUGAAAAAGGCAUUAAUUUGUCGGGCGGACAAAAAUCCAGGAUCUCUUUGGCUCGCGCGGUUUAUCAGAAUCGUGAUGUUUAUUUGUUGGAUGAUCCGUUGUCGGCUGUCGAUGCUCAUGUUGGUAAACAUCUUUUUGAAAAUGUUAUUGGGCCGCAUGGAAUGUUGGCCAAUACUACUAGGUUGGUUUUGGGGGGGGCUUUGGGAGGCUUCAGGGGACUUCAGAAGACUAUAUGAGGCUUCAGGAGGCUUUAGGAAGCUUAACAGGGCUUAAGGAGGGUUUAGGAUGCUUUGACGGGCUUCAGGGGCUUUAGAAGGCUUCAGAAUGUUUCAGAAAGCUUAAGAAGGCUCCAGAAGGCUUCAGAAGGCUUCAGGAAGCUGAGAGGGCUUCAGGAUGUUUCAGAAGGCUUCAGAAUGUUUCAGAAGGCUUCAGAAGGCUCCAGAAGGCUUCAGAAGGCUUCACGAGACUUCAGAAGGCUUCAUAGGGGUUCAAAUCACUUUUUAGUGCAGCUCUGUAGCUUCCCAGGUCUUUUCUUGAUCUUCUUUUUUUCUUGAUCUUCUGAACCGUUCAGAAUGCGAAAAAAAUAGUAAGAGUAAUUUUAUAAAUCUAGAAUUCAUAAGAAAUCUUACAUUUAAUAUGAGCAAUUUUUUUGGAUUCUGAACUUUCCAGAUCCAAAAAACAUCUAGAAAUAUAUUUUUCUGGAACUUGAAAAGCAGUGAACAAAUAUUAUCAUGAGCAAUCUCAUGAUUUUUCUAGGUGUUCUGAAUUUUCCAGAUCCAAAAAAAAUCUAGAAAAAUAUUUUUUCUGGAACUUGAUUUUAGAUUUUAGAAAGAUGAUCAGUGAACAAAUUUUAACAUGAGCAAUCUGAUGAUUUUCCCAAAAAGCCUAAGAAGCCUAAGCCUAAGCCUAGAUCAAGAGCCCUAUCCCAAGCCUGACAAGCCUAAAAAGCCUAGUUCCUUUUUCCAGAAUCCUGGUCACCAACUGCACAUCCUACCUCCAACAAUCCGACAAAAUCAUCAUAAUGAAAGACGGUGCAAUCACACACUUUGACACCUUUGAAAAUCUGAGCGCUGAUGAAAAUGCACGGCAUUAUCUUCGAGAAGUCAAUGAGCAAGAGGAAAAAGAGAGAUUGAGAAAAUCGAGAGAUUCGAGAGAUGAGUCGGAAAGUGAAAAAGAGUUAUCGGAAGAAGAUGAUGAUGAUAGUAAAAGUUUGAUUUCGAGGGUUUCGUCGAGGAGAUCUGCGAAGGUGGGCGGGAGAUUUUUGGAAUUUUGAAAUUUAGAUUUUUCGCGCCAGAAUUUGGAAAUUUAGAUCUCAAAAUUUUGAGCAUUAGCGUCGAAUUUUAAUUUUUAAAAUUUCGCCAAAAUUUAAAAAUUUUCAAGUUUUUUAUAUUGAAAAUAGAUUUCUGACGGAAGUUUUUGAAAUUUCAAAAAUUUUCCUGAAUUCAAAAUUGAUCCGGAAAAAAAUCUGAAAAAGCUGAAAUUCGAAUUGUUGAAUUUUUCAAAUGAAAAGGUAUUUCUGAAAUUUUUGAAUUUUCAAAAAAAAUUUCAAAAUUUUUAAGUUUUUCAUAUUGAAAAUAGAUUUCUGUCGGAAAAUUUUGAAAUUUCAAAAAUUUUCCUGAAUUCAAAAUUAAUCCGGAAAAAAAAUCUGAAAAGGCUGAAAGUGCUCUAGAAACCUGAAAUUCAGAAAACUGAACCUGAGAAGCCUAGGAAGUCCAGAAAGCCUUUAAAGCGAGCCUUUGGGAAGCCUUGGGAAGCCUUGGGAAGCCUUGGGAAGCCUUGGGAAGCCUUGGGAAGCCCAGGGAAGUCUUGGGAAGCCUUGGGAAGCCUUGAAAAGCCUUGGGAAGCCCAAAAAUUUCGAAACGCAAUUUGCAGAGUCGCACCAAACCCACCAAAGCUCCAAACGUCCUCAUCACUAAAGAAGAAGCCGCGUCAGGAAAAGUAAAAGCCAGUGUCUACAUGCUCUACUUCAAAUCAAUGGGAAUUUUCAAAUAUGUUUUGCCAUAUCUGAUAGCCGUAGUUUUGAAUAUGGCACUUGCAAUGGGAAGAUCUCUCUGGCUCACAGCAUGGUCCGACGAAAAUAUCGAUCCAAAUCUUGCCGCGAAUGUGAACGUCGGUGAAAAACUUGGAGUCUACGCGGCUUUCGGGAUCACUGAAGUUAUUGCGUUAUUCUUCUCAUUGGCCCUUUUAUUGAUUGGCGGUGUUGAGGCGUCGAAAAAUUUGCACAGACCUUUACUUCAUAAUGUGCUCCGCAACCCGUUGAGCUAUUUUGAUGUGACACCAAUCGGACGAAUCAUUAAUCGAUUGGCGAAAGAUAUGGAGGUUGUGGAUUUAAGAUUGAGUGGAGCGAUGCGAUUUUUGGUCAUCAGUUUCAUGAAUAUGGCACAGACCACGAUUAUUGUAUCGUAUUCAACACCGGCUUUUAUUUUGGUCAUUAUUCCGGUUUAUAUUAUUUAUUAUUUGAUUUUGGUGAGAUUUUUUGGGGCGUUUUGACUUCUGAAGCCUUCUGAAGCCUUUGGAAGUUCUAUAAAGCCCUCUGAAGCCUUCUAAAUCCUUUAGAAGCCUUCUGAAGCUUUCUGAAAUUUUCCAAAGCCCUCCAAAGCUCUCAGAAGCCGUCUUUAGCCCUCUGAAGCCUUCUGGAACUUUCUGAAGCCCUCUGAAGCCCGCUGAAAUUUUUUAAAAAAAAGUUCUGGAUAGAAAAAUGUAUUUUUGAUUAGAGACAAUGUGAUAUUGAGAGAGUCUAGACACAAAAUUAGUUAGGUUUUUUUUGGUUUUUGAGAUAUUUGCAACAAUUUUUCUGAAGGAUUCUCCUGUUUUGGUUUAUUUUUUUAAACUAAUUGCUCAUGUUAGAGGAUUGCUCAUGUUAGCCUAUCCACAGAGGGGUUAAACUUUUUUGAGGAUUUUUUUCUUAUCAGGGAAUGUUUCUCUGGAUUUUCAAGAUUCUGAGGAUUCGCAUGUUUAAAAUAGGAUUUAGAAGGCUUCAGAAUUCUUUAGAAGGCUUCAGAAUGCUUUGAGAGGCUUCAGGAAGAAUCAGAGGGCUUCAGAAGCCUUCAGAAUUCUUCAGAAGGCUUCAGAAGGCUUCAGAAGGCUUCAGAGGGCUUCAGAAGGCUUCAGAAGGCCUUCAGACUUUCUAGGCUUCAAAAUUAACUUUUUUUUUCAGAAACACUCAAUCCGAAGUACCCGUCAACUUCAACGAAUCUCCUCUCUAACACGAUCUCCAAUUUUCUCAAACUUCUCCGAAACUCUUCAAGGAAUCUCAACAAUUCGAGCAUUUCAAUGGAACCAAGAUUUUAUUGAGCGAAACGAUAAACAUGUUGAGACAAAUGUGAAAUGUAGUUAUUAUUCACAAAUGGCUAAUCGAUGGCUAUCGAUUCGAUUGGAACUUUUGGGAAAUAUUGUCAUUUUUUGUGAGUUUAUGGGGAUUUUUGAAGCUUCUGAAGCCUUCUGAAGCCUUCUGAAGCCCUCUAAAGCCUCUCGAAGCCUUCUGAAGCCCCCUAAACCCCAAAAAAUUCAUCCAAAGCCUUUUUCAGCCGCUGCAAUUUUGGCAAUUAUGGGGAAAACUUAUGGAAUGACUGCUGGUAUGCUGGGACUUUCAGUUUCCUAUUCUUUGAAUGUGAGUUUAUAUUUUUUUGGUUGAAAAUCUUGAAUCCUAAAAUUUCCAAUCAGCUAUGCCUAGACUCGAAUUUUGUCAAGGAGUCAAGCCUUGAGAGCGUAUAUGAGAAGUAGUCAUGCCUCGAGAGACUCUGUGAGAAGUAGUGAAGUCUAGAGGUUUACCAUGAGAAGGGUUAGCGCCUUGAAAGCUUCUAUGAGAAGUAAAACCGCCUUGAGAGCAUUGAUGACAAGAAGUCGGGCCUUGAAAACCAAUCUGGAUAGGAAUCACGCCUUGAGUGAGGCUAGGACAAGUAAGAGCGCCUAGAGAGACAUUUUGCAAAGGAUUCAUGCCUUGAGAGAGGCUAAGACAAGUAAGAGCGCCUUGAAAACGUAUAUCGCAAGUAUCCAUAGCUUAAGAGUGCUUGUGACAAGCAACCGCUUCUAGAGAACCUUUUCAAGUAGGAGUCACGCCUUGAGAGCGUUGAUGACUAGAAGUCGCGCCUUGAGAGACAUUUUUCAAAGGAUUCACUCCUUGAGAGUGGCUAGGGCAAGGAAGCGCGCCUAGAAACUUACUAUGAGAAGCAGUAGAGCCUUAAGAGCGUUAAUGACUAGAAGUCGCGCCUAGAAAGAUUUUUUGGAAAGGAUUCACGCCUUGAGAGAGGCUAACACAAGUAAGCGCGCCUUGAAAGCUUCUUUAAGAAGUAGCCGUGCCUUAAGAGCGUUGAUGACUAGAAGUAGCGCCUAGAGCGGCUUUUUGGAAAGGACUCACUCCUUGAGAGAGGCUAAGACAAGUAAGCGCGCCUUGAAAACCACUUCAAGAAGAAGUGAAGCCUAGAUAUUUAUUCUGAUAAGAAUUAGCGCCUUAAGAACCCUAACAACCCCAAGCCAACCUAAAAAAAAUCUCCGAAAAAUUUCAGAUAACCUUCAUGCUAAACAUGUUUGUCAGACAAAUCAACGAAGUCGAAACCAACAUUGUAUCCGUCGAAAGAAUCGACGAAUACACAAAAACCAAAACCGAAGCAGAAUGGCGAAACGAAAACUCGAAAAAUCUUCCCGAAUCCUGGCCAGAAUCCGGAAGCCUAAACAUCGAUGAUUAUUCGUGUCGAUAUCGUGAAGAACUAGAUCUUGUUCUCAAAAACAUCAACAUCAAUAUUCUACCCGGGCAGAAAGUUGGAGUUUGUGGACGAACUGGAGCCGGCAAAUCAUCGCUGGCUCUGGCACUUUUCCGAAUUGUUGAAGCGGCUGAUGGCAAAAUUGAGCUAGAUCAAAGGGAUACCGCCAAAGUUGGAUUGCAUGAUUUGAGAGAGAAAUUGACGAUUAUACCACAGGAGAAUGUGUUGUUUGCAAAUACGUUGCGAUUUAAUAUUGAUCCGAAGAAUGAGUUUUCUGAUCAGGAAUUGUGGACAGCGUUGGAGCAUUCUUAUUUGAAGGAACAUGUUUUGACGUUGCCGAUGAAGUUGGAAGCGCAGAUAUCGGAGGGAGGAGAGAAUUUUAGGUUGGUCUCACAAUCAGGUUUAGUGAAGUUUUAGGCUCGGCUGCUUGCCGAAAAGUAGAUUUCAAGGAGCGGCUGAUUGCCAGAAAAAACCUCUAGGUGCAGAAUCUUAAAAUAGAAGCUCUAUAGACGUGUCUGCUUGACAUAUUAGGUUUGUUUGCUCUCUAGACGUCUUUGCUUGAUAUAGAAGCUCUCUAGGCGCGGCUGCUUCUCAUGGGAGCUCUCUGAGCGUGGCUGCUUGCAGAAAGGACUUGAAGGCGUGACUUUUUGCCGGAAGGUAGAUUUCUAGGAGUGGCAGCUUGACACUAUGUUCUCUAGACGUGAUUGCUUGCAAUUGGGAUUCUUGGGCUCGGCUGCUUGCUAGAGUUAAUCUCUAGACGCGGAUGCUUGACAUAGAAGCUCUCUAUUCGCGGCUGCUUGACAUAGAAGCCCUCUAGGCUCGGCUGCUUGAAAAAUAUGCUCUCUAGGCGCGGCUGCUUGACACAUACAGGGUGUUUCAUAAAUAGUGUUACAAGAGUUGUUCAUCUUUAGGUCAGUUUUGUGAAUGUUGGGUAAUUCCAAUCGUUUUGGUCGUAAGAUCAAAAAUGUAGAGUUUUUCUUCCUCUACAAGAGCUGUCUAUGUAAAUUUGACAUUAAUGUGUUUUGGACUCUGUUUAUGACGUGUAAACAAAAACGAAUUUUUGGAAAAAUCCUUUUCUGGCACGACGGUCUUUCCAAAAAUGAAAAGCCAUGAAAUCUUUAGUUUUUUUGAGUUUUAUGGCUUAAUAUGAUAUUUUCUAAUGUAAACAAUGUUUCUAGUAAAAAUUUCACACAACUCCACAUAUUUAUUAUUUUUUUUCUUGAACUUAGAAGAAGAUCUUCAAUUUCGACUGAAACUUCGGAUUUUCCCGAUUUUUUGACAAAAAUAUCGUUAAAAUCGAGUUUAAAUUUUGAUGUAAUCGGUCAAAUCAGUUAUUUAUAGAAGAAAAAACAAUUGUGGUACAGAAAUAAUAAAUAUUGAGUGGAAAAAAUCAUAUUUUUCCACAAAAGCUGAAAAACUCAAUUUUAUUUUUUGAAAGUUUCGAAAAGUAGGUUCACUUUAACCUCCCGGAUACGAGGGUACAGUAAUGCUAUUACUUUGUCCGUUUUAAACUAACGAAAUAAACCCGUCAAAAAGGGUUUUCGAAAGUUACUUUCGGGAAAAGACCAAUUUCAAAAAUAAAGGAUCUCAUUGAACGAAAAAAAUCGUGCGUGCAACAGUGACCCUCCACUGCCACACUUGGGCUGGUGGCAAUGGUGUGAAUGUUGAAAUGAGAUGUUAUUCAUUUUCAAAUCUUGUCAUACCUACGUUCGGCUAAGUUUGUGUCAAAUAAUAUUGAGUUUUGAUCUUUUGCGCUUCCCUAGGUGAGCUGUGCAAGUUGUAACACUAUUUAUGAAACACCCUGUAUGCUCUCUAGGCGUGUCUGCUUGAUAUAUAUGGUCUUAAGGAGGAGAUCCUUGCCGAAGGUGAUCUCUACGGGUGUCUACUUCACAAAGAUAUCCUGUAGGUGUGACUCUUUGUCAAAGAAGAGCUCUAGGCGCAACCGCUUGCCAGAACGGAUCUCUAGGCGCUGCUGCUUGCCAUACAAAAUCUGAAGGCGUGUUUGCUUGCCAGGAAGGAGCUCUAGGCGCGAAUGCUUGCCAGAAUAGAUCUCUAGUCGCGGCAACUUGAUACAUAUACUCUCUAGGCGUGUCUCCUUGCCACAGUAAAUCUCUAGGCGCGACUGCUUGCCAGGAAAAAAACUCUAGGCGCGGCUGCUUGACAAAAAAACCUCUAGGCUCUACUGCUUCUCAAAAACCCUUGAUUUUUCAGCGUCGGUCAACGCCAACUCCUCUGCCUAACCCGAGCACUUCUCAAAAAAUCCAAAGUGCUCGUUUUGGACGAAGCAACAUCAGGAAUCGAUAAUCGAACAGAUGCUCUAGUCCAAGCAACAAUUCGAAAAGAAUUUUCGAAAUCCACAAUUAUCACAAUUGCUCAUAGGCUUAACACUAUUAUGGAUUACGAUAGGUGAGUGAAAUUUUUUUUGAGAUUUAGAGAAAAACAAUUAUUUUUUCAUUUCAGAAUAAUUGUGAUGGAGAAUGGAAAAAUUGUUGAAGAUGGAAUUCCAGCAUUGCUACUUAAAGACAAAUCUUCCAAAUUUUAUGGUCUCGCAAAAUCUGCAAAAAUUGUUUAA